CACAGUUCAAGCCAAUAAACAAACUACUACUACUACAUGUAGCGGCAUGUCGCAUCACGUGAAGUUAAAAAGAUAUAAAUCUCUGUUUGGUUGAAACAUAUUUUAAAUGUGUCAUUUGUAAAAUGUUAAAAUGAAAAAUAAAUUGUUAAACUAAAAUAAAAUCAAAUAACUUUUUAAAAUUAUGUAAGUUAUUUUAAACUAAUGAUUUAAAUCAGACAGUUAUAAUUAUUUGUGAUAAUGUUGCGGUUUGAUCCACCAAAAUUACCAUCACCUCCAGAAUUAGAAGAAAAAGAUAAGAGAGUAUUUAUUAAUGAUCCAGUAUGGGAUCAAGUAGCAGUAUAUUUUAUAAGUAAUCAUCAGAGAAUACGUGAUAAUAUUAUUAUACCCAGAGGAGCUGCCCCAGUUCAUAUUAAAACUAAUGAAGAAAAAGCUGUCGAAACGGCUAUGGAAAGCUGUGUAUUUAAAAGUGUUAUGAGUUGUGUUUUAGGUUUUGGAUUAGGUGCAGCCAUAGGUUUAUUUUCUUCUAGUGUAAAUCCAAAUGUAGCUGCUGUUGAAAAACAACAGACUGCUCGUGAAAUAUUCCGUGAAAUGAAAACAACGACUUUGGGAUAUGCAAAAAAUUUUGCAGCUGUAGGAUGUGUAUUUUCAGCUAUUGAAUGCUCUAUAGAAUCGUAUCGAGGUAAAACUGACUGGAAAAAUGGUACUUAUGCUGGCGGUCUCACAGGUGGUCUUAUAGGUUUGCGAGCGGGUGUUAAAGCAGGUAUAAUUGGCGCUGCAGGUUUUGCGGCGUUUUCUACUGCGAUAGACUAUUAUAUGCAUAAAUAAUGAAAAUAAUACAAUAGAAAUACUUGUAUAAAGAAUUUUAAUGGUCAAAUAUAACUAAUUAAAAAAAAAAAAAGUAAAAAUUCUUAUUAAUAAGUACAUAUAUAAACCUUACAAAAUAUUAUUUGGAGUUUUUCAUAAGUCGAAAUAUUCAAAGUAAUUUAUAAAUACAAUUUAAAGAUUAAAAAUUUAUCAGGAAGUUUUUUUUUUAAUUUAUAAGUAAUUUUUUAAUUAUUAUUACUAGAUAAUUAAGAAUUACAUUUAUCAAACCAGCUCUGAAUUUUUUGUAAUAAUAAAUUACAAACUACUAAUAUAAAUAUUUUUUUUUUAAUUUAGUUUUAUAUAUAUAAUUGAUAUAAAUAAUGUAGUAUAAAAGUAAAAAUGUUAUUGAUAUUGAUAGAUAAUUAUUUAUAAAAUAGUAAAUAUAAAAAAGAUAUACCGAUUUUUAAGGCAAUGAAAAAAAAUAUAUAUUAUAUAUAAAUUUGUAAGUAAAAAAUAUUUGCGGAAUUGCUUUGGGUAUCUAUUUGUUAAAAUACAUAUUUAAAAAGUUUUUUUUUGAAAUUUGUUUAUCACAAUGAACAAAAGAGAAAAAUUUGUACUCCAAAGUUAAUGGAAGACUAUUAAAUUGUUCGAAAAAUUAAUAUUUAAUUUAUAAACCGGUCUUUAAUUAAUUCAACUUUUAAUUGCUUUAUAAUUAUCAAUGUAAAAAUGUGCAUCAUGAAAAAUUGCACAAAAAAUCAGACUUAAUAAACAUAUAAAAAGAGAUUCGACACUUAGGAUUUUAAAUACAGAUUACCUAAAUUUAAUUUCAAUUAAAAUUAAAUAAUUUUUUAAAAUAUCAUUUUUUUUUUUUAAGAAUCAAUUUCAAAAAUUUAAAUAAUCGACGUGAGUUUGUUAAUGAUGAUGAAAAUAAAAAAGAAUGGCGAUAUGUUGUAUAAUUAUAAUAAGAAACAUUUUUUAAAAUCUCUACUGUAAAUGAAUAUAAGGACUGCAAGGCACUCGACAAAAGUGAUUUUGACAGGUCAAUGAGCAAUCCGUUUCAAUAUAUUUAUUGAUUAACGCUAAUAGUAAUUAUUAAAUAUGGAAAUUUACUGUAAUUUUUUUUUUAAAUAGUAAUGAUUUUUAAAAAAUA